CUGGUAUCCCAUCCCUCCUGACUGUCAGUUUUUGUGCAGGAGCUGUGUAUCCUGCCUUGUGCCAGUAGAGGCCACAGUCACUACAGUUGCUGAGUAGUCAGUACCCUCAGCAUUUUUGCUUCCUCAAGACCAGCCUUUCUGGGAGAGAUGAAUUUUUGGCAGGCUGCUGUACAAGGAAUAGGUUGGGUCACUGAGACAAUUCUAUAGGAAGCCGGAGGGACAAAACCAGAGUGCAGGGGAGCUGAGGGAAAUUGGUGAGACUGUAAGUUAACAAAAGGACAGGAACGUUUUGGGGAAGGGCGCAAGAGGAAGAAAUAAGAAGUGAAACAGUAAAGACAAAGAGGAAGAACAGUGCCAGGAGGGCUGGUCCUUGAAACUGCUGCAUGAUGGGAGAAGCCUCGAUCUGGAAAGAGCCAACCUGGGCUUGGUCUUGUCCGCAAAUACUUUUCACACAGUGCUGAUCACGACAUGCUUCCUCUUUCAAACUGCAACUGGAAUCUUGAUUCAGUUAAGACACAGAGGAACUGAUGCAGGGAGAGAGACGCUGAGGCAUGGGAUGACAUGGAGACAGAACCAUUUUGGACCUGAAGAUCAGAUAGUGCCUGUGGUGUCCCUCUGUGCUGCUCCCAGCCUUUGGAUAAAAGGACAACUCGUGCCAGUGACAUAAGUCAGACACGUUUUCUGAACUGUUACUAACGUGUACCUUUUGGAAGGAAUUUGUAUGCCUCAUUCUGUCGAAGGAUCCAAAUCCUGAUGUGAAAUGAGUACAGAUUUCCACAAACUCCUUUUUGACAUCUCUGAGGCUUUGGUCACAGAUGAGCUGGCGGCUCUGAAGUUCCUCAGCCUGGAGCACAUCCCCAUGAGGAAACUGGAAGCCAUCCAGGAGCCCAAGGCCUUCUUCGAAGUGCUGCAGGAGAAAGACAUGAUUGAGGUGGGGAGCCUGUCCUUCCUGAAGGAGCUGCUCUACCGGAUCCAUCGGGUGGACCUCCUGGCUGCCCACCUGGGCUCCAGCCGAGAGGAGAUGGAGAGAGAGCUUCAGAUCCCAGGCAGGGCAAAGGUGUCAGCCUACAGGCAACUGCUAUAUGGAAUUGCAGAGGACUUGACUGCAGAAGAUGUCAAGAGUGUGAAGUUCCUGCUCCAAAAACAAAUACCAAAGAACAAGCUCCAGGAUAAUGCUUCAAUGUUGAAGGUCUUACUGGAAAUGGAAAGAAAUGGGAUAAUUAAAGAAGAUGACCUGGCAAUGCUGAAAGAUAUAUUAAAGGGAUUUAGAGCUGACAUAAAGAAAAAAAUUGAUACCUAUGAAGAAAAAAAAAAAGAAAAUGAUUCUAAGGAAAAACUCCACUAUCCGGUGUCUGUGUCUGUGCAUCCAGCAGGACAAGGAGCAGAGGGAGCGACACCACACCUGCCUGUGGAAUCAUAUAAGAUGAAAAAUAACCCCCAUGGUUACUGUGUGAUUCUUAACAACUACAUUUUUAAAAAUCCGUAUGAAGCCAGAGAAGGAACAGUGAAAGAUGGAGAGGCUGUGAAGAGGGUCUUUAAGUGGCUUCAGUUUGAGACAGUUGAGCACAUGGAUCUAGAAGCAAAGCAAAUGUAUGCAAAAGUUAAAGAAUACAGCAAAAAAGAUCAUAGUAACAUGGACUGUUUUGUUUGCUUUAUUUUUUCCCAUGGUGAAAAAGACAAAAUAAAAGGCGUUGAUCAUGAGUUGAUAAAUAUUAAAGAUUUACUCUCCUGCUUCAGUGGAUCUAAUUGUCCUUCUCUUGCUGGCAAACCUAAGCUGUUUUUCAUCCAGGCUUGCCAAGGCUCUGUAGGUCAUCCAGGUGUCACAGUAAAAGAAGACUUCUCUGGCCAUCUUGAGAUGGAUGCUACCCCUCUGACUUCCAUUCCUGAUCAAGCUGAUAUUCUGGUUGGCAUGGCUACAGUAGAAGACUAUGAGAGCUACCGCUGUACAAAGACUGGCAGUGUUUACGUUCAAUGCCUCUGCGACAAGAUGGAGUUGCUUUGCCCACUCCGCAAGGAUCUCAUAACCAUCCUGACAGAAGUGAACAAGGAAGUGGGACGAAGAGUAUUAAAUGGAUGGAAGCAGAUGCCGAAGAUUACAUCAACCCUACGGAAGCAAUUGAUCUUCCAAAUUCCACAAUGUCAAUCAAUUGAAAAGUAGAAAAAUAAGAAUACACUCAGUUAGGAAUCACAUCGGGAAUGGGCUUCCACAGGGAAGAGAAUUUGCAAGAGAAACUAUCUGAAUCUGUGUAGUUAGCCCCAGUCCUUCAAGGGGCCACGGGACCUAAAUUUUCCAGUCCCAUGUUGAAUCAGUCUCCUGGCACCUGGAUCUGUAGCAGUCUGGUAAGGCUGUGGAGGAGUACAGAUCUGCCUUUCUGUCCUGCAGAAGCAGUGGAGUCUGUUCAGUCUGGGUUUCAAGUGAGGAAGCACUUCCAAGUAGUAUGAUUUUUAACAGUUACUGGAAAUGCCAAUGGAAGUCCCAUUUCUGUCCGAGUUGUUCUAAGUCCCUGAAAUCUGAAGAAAAGAACAGAUAGAUUCGGAAUGCUAGAUCCCUUCCCAGGGAAUGUGUAAGAUUGUAACUGAUGUACCCAGAGGUGAAUCAUUGGCUGUCUCUGGAAGCUGUAUAAUUUUUCAUGGAAAACAACAUCCUUGUCCAGAAGGACCAAAAAAAGAUUAUUAUGAUAAUACAAGUUUGGUUCUUUUCCUCCAGAUAUUUGGUUUGCUUUAUGUUAUUAAUUUACUUGGCUAAACAGCACUGCUAUUUAGGUUUUUUAAUAGUAAGGGUUCUAAUUGUGUUUUUUCUCAGAGCUCUUAGGGGACAGUCUGUUUUGAAUGGUUGUCGACCACUGGAAGGAAGGUCCCAUUCCAUUAGAUCCACUACUCUGAGAUGCCUUCUCCUCCUGGCAACUGACUCUAGCUCCUGUGGAUUCUUGUUUCUGUUGUAAUAAAUACCCUUGGUUUUCACAUCA